CACAAAUGAAAGGUAAAUUGAGUGCAUAAACAGAGUCUCCUGAAAGUCUUCUGCAGUUAUAGCACAAUGAGUGACGACGGAAAGGAGAUCGAGGAACAGGAUGGAGAGCUUGAUCUUAAAAGUGUCCCCAGUAAUGGAUCAGAGAAGUCAGCCAGCCCUUCACCCUCACAUUCAAAAGACGGUUCCCUCCAGUCGAGGUCGGGAAGUCGCUCGCAAUCUAGGUCCAAAUCCAAGUCCAAAUCUAGGUCCAGAUCUAAGUCCAAGUCAAGGACUCGUUCUCUACGAGGCUCACGCAGAUACCGCUCCCGCUCUCGCCCGUACCACCACCGCUCCCGAAGCCGCUCUCACAGCCACUCGCCCAUGUCGGGUCGCCGUAGACAUGUUGGUAACAGGGCCAACCCAGAACCCAACACCUGCCUGGGCGUGUUCGGUCUGAGUCUGUACACCACUGAAAGGGAUCUUCGAGAAGUGUUCUCCAAAUAUGGCCCCCUGAACAACGUCAUCAUCGUGUACGACCAGCAGUCACGCCGCUCAAGGGGCUUUGGCUUCGUCUACUUCCAGAACUCGGAGGACUCCAGAGAGGCCAAAGAUCGUGCCAAUGGUAUGGAGCUGGAUGGCCGCAGGAUUCGCGUGGACUUCUCCAUCACCAAGCGAGCACACACGCCCACUCCUGGGAUCUAUAUGGGCCGCCUCACCUACAGCGGCAGCUCUUCGCGGCGGGGCUCGUGGGAUUAUGACAGAGGCUAUGACAGCAGUUACGACAGAGGUUACAGCCGCUACGAUGACAGGGAGUACAGAUCGUACCGGCGCAGAUGUCAGUCUCCUCUGUACUACAGCAGAAGCUACCGCUCUCGAUCGCGAUCUCAGUCGCCACGUACGUCGACUCCAAAUGAGAAAAACAGUUUGAAGAUAAAAACCUUGUCGCAGUACUUCAGAUACUAAAUCAUUUUGUUUCACGACUGAACUCACUCAGUCCGGACAGAUACAUUUGAGCACAACAUAAUUCUCAUUUGCUUUUUCCACAGGUCACUACUAGCCUCAGAGGAGAGUCUGAACCCAGCAUUUCAUUGCCUUGUUCUUCUACCACACCUUUAUUAGACUGAAAGUGUUUUGCAACUGCCAUUAAAUGAAAUCAAUUUUGCGUGACAUUUGAUUUGCUUUUGACAUUGAAUUUUUCUGUCUAUUCCUAAUUUGUCACUAUCACUUUACUAUUAGAACUAGAAAACUACAAUUCAACGACCCAUAUUUUCAUUUGUGCACGUGAUCGUUGUAGUCAUCUCAACAUAUAACACAUUGUAAACUUGUGAGAAUGCAAAUCUGCAUAUGAUGCUGUAGUCUGAGUGUGUGUAAUUUAUUUAUACUAUUAUUUAUAUUUAUAUCACAAAUAUAUAUUUUAUAUAUAUUUAUAUAUUAUAUAUUUAUACUGAAAAGACUGAUGACUUUGACCAUGAAAUAUUUGCUUCAUCAUACAAGGCAUUGAAAUUUUUGUAGGCUGGUCUUCCGUCUUAUAUUCAGUAUUUCACUUUAUAUGUCCCAGAAAUUGUCAAAUUCAAUGUUAAAACUGCAUCUAAUGGUUGCUGUAUUAUUAUGUCAAUAUUCAAAUUGGAAAAAAUACCUGACACUUGAAACACAUCCAAUCCGACAAUCCAGACACAUGGAGGCCUGCAGUCAACGCACCCCUCAGAUACGUUUCGCCAGAAGUGUGCGCAUGCUUCCACCUCCUCUUUACAAGAGUCUCCUCUAUGCAUUGUGCAGAACAACCUCUAACAAAAUAUCAAUGACGUCUCCCCACAUUUCCAACUCUGUUUCGCAUGUUUCACACAGCGUUUUCUUCCUGGACAAACCCCAUGUUCAUCUUUAAGUUGUUAUCAACAUCUACUACUAUUCCCUUCAGGGCACCAGUGGGUUUGUAUAGCUGCCAUUGAACUGCUCUAAUAUCAUCACCUUGUCAGUCAAACUUACCAGUUAGGUUUCUGAUGACCAAAGAAAAUGGCAGUUGGCUGUUGGAAACCU